UUCGAACAUAUGCUUGAUUCGUUGAAAUUUUUCCAUAAUGCAUCGAAAUUUAUUAAUUUUAUUUCUAAUACUGAUCGUUUAUCAAAUUGUGACUGAUGAAGAAUCUGCUAUUGAAACUAGUAAUUAUCAGUUAAGAAACGUGAAAGUCAUUGAAUACAAACCGAUUUCUGGAGGUCUGUUGAUAAUGGUACCGAGAACAUCCUAUAAGUUUCGUUUUCGACUACAAAAGGAUAAAUCGAAGUUUCUUGCAACAGCUAAUGUAUUUAUCUACGUAGACGAUAAAAUUAAAACAUAUACUCUUUCUGAAAUACCAGGAUCGACUAUAUACCAAGGAGUAUUAAAGAAUGAAAAUAGAUCAUUAAUUAUUGGUUAUUUUUACGAACAUCAAUUUAUAGGAAUUUUUCAGCAUGGUUUUAGCACGUAUUACUUGGAGCCAAAAAACGAAUAUUCUUUUAAAAAGGACGAUAAAACUUCCAUUAUGUAUAACGUCAAAGACAUAGAAUUAAGGCCAUCUUACCCGAAUGGGAAGUUAAUGUGUGAAGUAAGGAAAAAUGUAGGACAUCUUAAAAUGAAACCUUUCCGAGAAGAUUAUCAUGUCGAUACUACAAUACAGAAUUACAAUUUGUUGAAUAACAACUUACGAAUGAGACAAACAAAAACAUGCUCGUUAGAACUCGUAGCAGAUCAUACAUAUACCGAAUAUAUGGACUUUAAUCGUGCCAAAAUCAUCGCAGAAAUGCUUUUAUACAUCAAGAUCGCCGAUUACAUAUUCCGAAAUACUGAUUUCGACGGUGACAAAGAAGAUAUCGCAUUCAACGUUCAGAAAAUUACCAUAUUCGAAACCAAAAAUCAUUCCCGUAAUAUAUUCGGAAUGGAAACCAAAGAUUAUAAGGAAUUUCUACAAAGCUUGACGAAGUAUCAUCAUCCAUAUUGCAUGCUAAUCUGCUUCACUCACAGAGAUUUUUGGACAAAUAAUCAAUGCGCAGUUUCCAAAAUCAAUAAGAUUGGAGGAAUCUGUCCCGGACCGAAACCAUUAGAAAAGAAUAAUAACGUUGGUUUUGUUACCAAUUUAGAAAACAAAGAAAUUAUUCCUCGAUUUAGAAUACCGUUAAAUUUAGUACACCAACUGGGACAUGCAUUCGGCUGCCGAGACGAUCCUGAAGAUAAUCAAUUUUGUAGUCCUGGUGAUUUAAAUCCCAGACAUGGAAAUUACAUCAUGCAUCCGAAUAUAUCGUAUGGUGCUUUCAAGAACAAUUGGAAAUUUUCUACCUGUUGCAAAACCACUGUAAAGAACUUCAUACAGCAAUCAAGAAUAAAAACGUGUUUGUUGAGAAGAGAGUUAUCGAAUUGCGGAAAUGGAAUCGUAGAAGAAGGAGAAUUGUGUGAUUGUGAUUCUUCAACAGAAAAUUGCACAGCUGUUCACAAAUGUUGCAGAAUUAAUGAAUAUCCGUCUCAGUGUACACUGAGAAAUGGCGUGCUUUGUUCACCUAGCAAAGGACAAUGCUGUGACGACAAUUGCGAUAUUAUAGAAUAUAGCAAAAGGCAAUCAUGUUUCAGCAACAUAGAAUGCUUUAACGCUACUACGUUUUGCGAUGGAAUUUCUUCAUUUUGUUCUGGUUUAAUGCAACCAGACGGGACGCCUUGCAGACAAAAUUCUCGAACCUGUCACAAGGGACAAUGCAAAAGCAAUGUCUGUCUCGAUCACAAUAUGAAGCCUUGCCAAUGUAAGACUCGUCAUUCGGAAUGUCAUAUUUGUUGUAUGAAUGAAACGAAUACAUGUCGAAGCGCAAAAGACUUCCAAUUUUUUCCAUCUAAAGACGAACUUUAUUUGAAAAUUCCAGGAACUUCUUGUAAUAAUGGAUACGGGAUAUGUUCCAGAAAUGGAUCUUGUAUACGUAAAACUAUAUGGAAGAUGUAUAGCACUUGGAAUUAUCUUACACCUCUACCGUUCCUACUGGUUAUUGUUGUUGCCAUAAGUUGUUAUCACAGUAAUCAACAUAAAAGAGCGAGUAUAGUGUUAUUAAUGAAAAAGUAUCCUUUAAGAAAGAAGGGAGGAAAACCCGAAAUUAAACGGAAAGUAAAGAAACCUAGAAGGAAAAUAAAGAAGAUAAAAAAUAAUGUGUUAAAACCUAAAGAAUAAUUUUCAUUUCUUGAACGUUACAACAUUUGAAUAACACGACAUCAUAAAGAAAUAUUGCACACUUGAAAUACAUCAUAAAGGAGUAUUGCACACUUCAAAUACAUAAAAAAAGCGAAAGAGUAUUUAAUUGUAUUUUGCAAUGUUUCAGUGAUGAAACUAACUUGAACUUCUUUUAUAUACAGUUAUGUGUUUCGUGAUUAUGUAUUUAA